AAACCAACCAAAUCGUUUGUACUGUCGAACGCAAAGGCGAUGAAGCAACAAAAACAAGAGUUAAAGUUGCAUCAUCAUUCAUUUCAUCUGUUGUGUUGUGUUGCGUUGUGUGUGCCAUUCCCAUUCCCGCCACCGCUACCGCCAGCACCACCGAUCACUCUCUCACCCACCCCAACUGAUACCCGUAACCUCUUCACCUUCCUCUCCUUCCCUAACCUAAUUUAAAACUAAAAAAAACACAAACAAAUAAAAAAAAUGUCCCCUAAGGUUGGGGCACGUCACCCAUGCUUCUGAAUUAGGGUUUCCAUUUGGAUUUCGCUGUUCUGGUGCCCAAUUGAGCGACGCAAAAGGGUAAGAGGAAAGGGAUGAGGAUUAUGGUUUGGGGAUCGGAGAUCGUGUUCGCCAUAUUGCUCUGUGGGACCCUCUCAUGCACCGCUCAAGCUCAUCAUAAUAGGGUUUCUCUCUCCUCCACCACCGCCAUCUGUCCCGCUCGCCCCCUUCUCGAUUUCAUCUUAGGGUUUUCAGAUUCCACCUGCUCCCUUCCCAAUUCUCUUGGAUCCAUUGCCGUCACCGAGGGAGAUGAGUUUUUUUUGCAUAAGGCGUUGAAUAUGGUUCACAAGAAUAAUCAUGAGUAUGUGGCUGUGCUCUUCUAUGCAUCCUGGUGCCCUUUCUCGCGGGUGUUUAGACCAGUUUUCUCCAUCCUUUCUGCGCUGUACCCUUCCAUUACUCAUCUUGCCAUUGAAGAAUCAUCAGUUUGGCCGAGCAUACUGUCCAAAUAUGGUGUCCAUAGUGUCCCUACACUGUUCAUUUUGAAUUCUACCAUGCGUGUCCGGUAUCAUGGGUCUCGGAGAUUUGGCUCGCUCAUUGGUUUCUAUAAUGAUGUUACUGGGAUUAGGAUUGAUUCACUUGAUCAACUAUCACUUGAGAAAAUUGGUCAUUCAUCUGCCAAUGAGAGUCAUGGUAACACUGAGCCAGAAAGUUCUCCAUUUUCACGGGCUAGAUCUCCAGACAAUUUACUACGUCAGGAAACUUAUUUGGCUCUGGCCAUUACAUUUGUGGUUUUGAGAUUACUAUACUUGUUUUUACCUACGCUGCUUAUAUGUAUUCAAUAUGCUUGGAGAAGGGUCAUCCAAAAUAUUAGAAUAGGGAGCUUGUUGGAACAUCCUUUGAUUUAUUUGAAGCGGCUAACACAGUCAUUUAACUGCUUGAAAGAGCCGUACAAGAGAAGUAAUCUGCAGGAAGGAGCAAUGAAUGCUAGAGUGUGGGCUUCCAAGUCCCUUGCCACCGUUUCAAUUGGAGAGGAAAGCAGCAGCAGCCGUGGGACGCAUCAGUGAGUUGACUGUACCGAGUGGAUUUUCUUCUUGAAAUUGGAGAUUAGAAUAUACCCUAUGAAAGGCUUGGCUGCAAGUUAUGCCAUGUAAUUUUGUUUCAGGAUCAUCUUCACACCCUCUGGCCUCGUGCUUAGUGAGGUAAAUUAUGUUACUGAAUGACUGGAAUUAAGAGAGUUACUGUAAUCUCUAGAUGUUCAGAACUUUGAUGAUUGAUGGCAUGUCAAACCAACAAAUGUUGUUCAACCUUGUGUUGGGUUACUUUGUAAUCGCCACUUAUAUGUCCAUAUGAUCAAGAAAUACUUCAUUCAGCGUUCUAGAAGAUUGAGACUUCGAUGUGUAUAGUUUAAAUGUAGCAAACUCGAGCUGAAAUCUGCAAUUUCUUUGACUUGUAGGUUUUCUUGAGGAUCAAAUCUUUUGUUCAUCAGUUCAUAAAUUUAUUUUUGUUGGGACUGAAAUGGUUGUAAAUCCCACAUAAAACUGAUUGGAUGCAUUGUUGAUGUAAUUGGUGCGUGAUUAUUUGUAGUUCAAAAAUAAUUCUAUAGAAGUAAUUUAUAUCAAAA